AUGGUGCUGAAAGCGAAGAAGGAAGCCCCUGCCCCUCCCAAAGCUGAAGCCAAAGCAAAGGCUUUGAAGGCCAAGAACGCAGUGCUGAAAGUCAUCCACAGCCACACAAAAAAGAUCCGGACAUCACUCACCUUCCAACCGCCCAAAACACUGUGGCUCAGAAGGCAGCCCAAAUGUCCUCAGAAGAGUGCCCCUAGGAGAAACAAACUUGGCCACUAUGGCAUUAUCAAGUUCCCCCUCACUACCAAGUCAGCCAUGAAGAAAAUAGAAGACAACAACAUACUGGUGUUCAUUGUGGAUAUCAAGGCCAACAAGCACCAGAUCAGACAGGCUGUGAAGAAGCUCUAUGACAUUGACGUGGCCAAGGUGAACACCCUGAUAAGGCCUGAUGGAGAGAAGAAGCAUAUGUUCAACUGGCUCCUGAUGACAAUGCUUUGA